GGUGGAAAGCAGCAUAGAGUAGAUGGAACCGAUGUUUGACCGACUUGAGCUUCUUCUUUCUUAGCUCACAAACUUGAUGCAGAACGUCGUUUGAAAAAAAAAGCCGACAACUUCCCGGGUGUCAUAUGAUGGUUUUUUUUUCAAUUGCAGCAGGAAUAUCUGAAAUGAUCUGGACUUUGGUCUACUUUUCCUAAUUUAUCUCUUUGUCUGGCGCGUGGCAUCCAGCAUCCCUCGUCGCCCUGGCAACCAGUCUUCAUUCUCUUCAUUAUCUUCCCGCAGGCAGGCAGCCGGGCAGGCAGCCAGGCGGGCAGGCAGCCACGCAGGCAGGCAGGCAGGCAGCCACGCAGGCAGCAUCAGCAUCCCUUUCCCCCCUGCGGCUUUGCAUGUACUCAUAUUUAAAUUGGACUCCACUUCCCGGUGCCGAUUUAGUUGAUGUGUUGUCAUCAUCGUCGCUGUCAAGAUGCCCGUGAGACGCGGUCACGUCGCCCUCCAGAACACUUACCUUGAUACCAUCAUCAGGAAAUUCGACGAGCAAAACCGCAAGUUUGUCAUCGCCAACGCACGGACAAAGAACUGCGGAAUCAUCUUCUGCAACGAGGCCUUCUGUCAGAUGUUCGGCUUCACGCGGGCUGAGAUCAUGCAGCAGCCUUGCACCUGCCAGUUCCUGGUCGGGCCCGGCACCAUGAAGAGCGCCCUGGCCCAGCUCGCUCAGGCCCUGCUCGGAUCGGAGGAGCGCAAGGUGGAAAUCCUCUACUACGCCAAGGAAGGCACAUGCAGGCCGUGCAUGGUGGACAUCGUUCCAGUGAAGAACGAGGAAGGCAAUGUCAUCAUGUUCAUCCUGGACUUCCAGGAACUGGUCGACCCGACGCUCAAGAAGUCGGCGUUCAGGCAGCGAGUCAGUCAAGGCUGGCUUUACUGUCAGAAUCGCAAGUUGAAAAUGCGCCUGCCGGUCUUACGCUCCAUGCGGCGGCAGUCUCUCUCCAAAGAUCAGUUUGAAGGGGUAGUGGUGGACUACUUGCAGCAGCCCGACAGUGAGGACGUGCCCCUGAAGGAUUUGCGCAUACCAUCUAAGGAGAGCUGCAUGCAGUCCGAGACCGAGGCCCUGAUAGAGCAAGACCGCGAUCCUCCCUCUCCCGCCGCAAAGCGCCGUUCCCUUCUGACGGAGCGCUUGGACCCAGGCAGGGGGACCUUAUCUCGAAGCAGCUCGCGCGAAAGCGUCCGCAGCCUGCGACGAGCCUCGUCUCUGGACGACAUCGACGGCAUGAAAGCGGAGCGGAGCGCUCGGCCCGGAGAAGUCCGCACCAACAGCAAUCUGAGGCCGAGCGUUGCCAACUCCACCUCAGACUCGGAUCUAAUGAGGCACCGGGCCAUCGGGCGCAUCCCGCAGGUGACGCUCACCUUCGGCUCGGAGCGCGUCCGACCGCCGUCCCCCGGCGAAAUCGAGAUCAUCGCGCCCAGCAAAGUCAAAGACCGAACACAGAAUGUCACAGAAAAGGUGACGCAGGUGACACAGGUGCUGUCGCUGGGCGCCGACGUGCUUCCCGAAUACAAGCUGCAGGCUCCGCGCAUCCACCGCUGGACCAUCCUGCACUACAGCCCCUUCAAGGCCAUGUGGGACUGGCUCAUUCUGCUGCUGGUCAUCUACACGGCCAUCUUCACGCCCUACUCGGCCGCCUUCCUCCUCAACGAGGUGGAGGAGGACCGGCGGCGGACGUGUGGCUACACGUGCAACCCUCUCAACGUGGUGGACCUGGUGGUGGACGUCAUGUUCAUCGUGGACAUCCUCAUCAACUUCCGGACCACCUACGUCAACCGCAACGACGAAGUGGUCAGCCACCCGGGCCGCAUCGCCCAGCACUACUUCAAGGGAUGGUUCCUCAUCGACAUCGUGGCCGCCAUCCCCUUUGACCUGCUCAUCUUCCGCUCCGGCUCGGAGGAGCCGCAGACGACCACGCUGAUCGGCCUGCUGAAGACGGCCCGCCUGCUGCGUUUGGUGCGGGUGGCCCGCAAGCUGGACCGCUACUCUGAAUACGGCGCCGCCGUGCUCUUCCUGCUCAUGUGCACCUUCGCCUUGAUCGCCCACUGGCUGGCGUGCAUCUGGUACGCCAUCGGCAACGUGGAGCGCACCAGCUCGGCCCGCGUGGGCGUCCUGAAGAUCGGCUGGCUGGACAACCUGGCCGAGCAGAUCGGCAAGCGCUACAACGACAGCGACGCGGCCUCGGGGCCGUCCAUCAAGGACAAGUACGUCACGGCGCUCUACUUCACCUUCAGCAGCCUGACCAGCGUGGGCUUCGGAAACGUCUCGCCCAACACCAACCCGGAGAAGAUCUUCUCCAUCUGCGUCAUGCUCAUCGGAUCUCUGAUGUACGCCAGCAUCUUCGGCAACGUGUCGGCCAUCAUCCAGAGGCUCUACUCGGGCACGGCGCGCUACCACACGCAGAUGCUGCGGGUCAAAGAGUUCAUCCGCUUCCAUCAGAUCCCUGGCGGCUUGCGCCAGCGUCUGGAGGAGUAUUUCCAGCACGCCUGGUCCUACACCAACGGCAUCGACAUGAACGCUGUGCUGAAGGGCUUCCCCGAGUGCCUGCAGGCGGACAUCUGCCUGCACCUGAACCGCACGCUGAUGCAGCAGUGCAAAGCCUUCCGAGGCGCCAACAAAGGUUGCCUGCGCGCCCUGGCCAUCCGCUUCAAGACCACUCACGCGCCGCCCGGCGACACCCUGGUGCAUAGCGGUGACAUUCUCACCGCCCUUUAUUUCAUCUCCAGCGGCUCCAUUGAGAUCUUGCGCGAUGACAUGGUGGUGGCCAUUCUGGGAAAGAACGACAUCUUCGGCGAGUCCGUCAGCAUGUACGGCAGGCCCGGCAAGUCCAGCGCCGAUGUGCGGGCCCUGACGUACUGCGACCUUCACAAGAUCCAGAGGGAUGACCUCAUGGAAGUUCUGGACAUGUACCCUGACUUUGCAGACACUUUCUGGCACAACCUGGAGAUCACCUUCAACCUGAGAGAUGCAGAUGGAAUAAACCUGCCAACCCCAAGCAAGGACUCUGAAUGUGGCUACCGCCGCAGCAGGCACCGCAGAGGCUCCCCGCGACGCCGCGACAGACCAGAUGGGACGGACCGGGAGAAAACCUACCCCGAGCAGGCGUGUCCAAUGGGCAACCGUCACAGAAUGGCAACGCCGCGGUGGGACGAACAGUGCAGCAGCGAAACCUUUUCAAGCGAGUCCAGCGACGAGGAGAUGAAGCGUAUGAGGCGUAGCAGCAAGGGGGAGUUGUACCUCCCGCCGCCUGCAGGGGGUGCCAGAGACUACCCCUCGGCCGUCAUGAACCUCCUGCCCCACAGCAGACCCCCCCCUGGCUUAGCCAAGCCCGUAGAUCUUGCCGGCGGCGGGCCACCCUACUCUGCCGCUGUUCCGGUCAACAUGUCAGGACUUUACGGCUACUGGCCGGACCGCCGGGCCAGCCAGUACUCCGAGGCCCAGAGACGCUCGUCGUCGUCGGUGGCAGCCAGGACCGCUGGCUUCCAGCAUGUCUCCUGUUCUGAUGACCGGCCUAGCGAGCUCGGGUCAAGACUGGAAGUGUUGCAGACUCAGUUAAACCGGCUGGAGAGCCGAAUGACGGCUGACAUCACCGUCAUCUUGCAGCUCCUUCAGCGGCAGAUGGUGCCGCCCGCCUACAGCGCUGUAUCACCCAGCCCCUUGGCCCCCGCCGCCGCCGCCGCCGCAGCUGCCCUGUACGGCGCCGUGCCACCGCCCACCCUCUGCACUGUCCCUCCCAUGAUGGACAGCGCCGCCCUGCUGCUACAGAGUCCAGAGUCUGAAACCAAGUCCAAGGACUCGCUGUCCAGCGGGAUCCACGUGACGGCGGCCUCAGACGACACCAUGUCCCUGACGCCACCCCAGCCUGAGGCCCCGGGGACGCUGGGCAGCAGCGGCCAGCGCUUCCCGUCCCUCCCUGAGCACCUGGAGGUCUCUUCAGAAGCGCCGGAGAUCCAGAGGCACGUCUCGGAUCCGGUUCUGCCGGGGAGCCCCGCGAGCUAGAAGGUGAACCUCCACCGCUGGACUCUUGGAGCUUCCUUACCAAUUGGCAUCACGGACACACUGCGGAGGGAGAAAAACAAAAACAACAACAACAACAACAACAACAACAACAACAACAGAAUGACUAAUAGCAUCACGCCCGCCAAGAAACAUUUUGAAAGAUAAAGUUGUCAUUUUAGAAAAGGGAGGGCAACAAAACACAAUUUCACAUCAGUUUAAAAGUUGUACCGUUUGAAGAAUAAAGGCAAAAUUCGUGAAACAUUUGAGAGGGGAAAAAAGGGAAUUUGUAUGUAUGUAAAUAAGGGGGACAUUUUGCGGGGUUAUUAGAAAAAAAUUCAAUUAUACAUCAAAGUGUUUUGAAAGGAUAUUUUUUUUCACGUCAUUGUCCAUUCCUCUGUCUUUUGCACACAUUGGAAUGUUCCAAACUUCAAGGUUCCGUUCCACCUCACUGGACUGACUGACCCCUUUUUGACACUCAACAGCGCUCCUUACACACGUUGCCCCUCCCCCUAGACGCACACACACACACACCCGUUUUUUGAAAAAUGUUGACAUUGAAAUAAACAGAGGAGAUGUCUCGUACGUAUGCUGGAGCACCUUAAAUGGGAGAACAAAGACUAAAUUCACUUCCUUUUGCAUCCAUAUUGUUUUGCACAUUUUUACAAAGGAAGAUUAGCACGACACUCAAAAUAUGUAAUUACGUUACAAGAAUAAAAAGAUCUAUUUUUAUGGCACCUGA